UACCACUCUCUCCCUCCAAAUCUUAUAUUCCUUCCUCCCUAAGCAAAAAAUAAAAAUAAAAAAUCCCCCUUACCCCUCUCUCUCAAAUCCCUAACCAAUAGCAACCAUGCAAGAACCAGAGCUUCACGAUUUAUCAGACGACGCUGAUUACGCUGCCUCUCUUCAACAGGGAUCGGCGAGUAUGAUGAUAACGAGGAGCGAUAGCGGAAGGAGCACUUCGUCGAGCUUACCGGAAGGAGCAGAAAUUGUGUAUUUGAAAGAUAACGUGACGAUUCAUCCCACUCAGUAUGCGUCUGAGAGAAUUAGUGGUCGGUUGAAGCUCAUCAAGCAAGGCUCUUCUCUUUUUAUGACGUGGAUUCCGUACAAAGGGCAGAGUACGAAUGCGAGGCUGUCGGAGAGAGAUAGAAAUCUUUACACCAUAAGGGCUGUGCCUUUUACGGAUGUGCGGUCUAUUCGUCGACGUACUCCUACCCUUGGGUGGCAGUACAUAAUUGUUGUUUUGUCAUCAGGACUCGCAUUUCCUCAACUUUACUUCUACAAUGGAGGAGUCAAAGAGUUCCUUGCUACAAUAAAGCAACAUGUUUUUAUUGUGAGAUCAUUGGAAGAUGCAAAUGUAUUUCUGGUGAAUGAUUUUCAAAAUCCCCUGCAGAAAACCUUGUCCUCUUUAGAGUUGCCUGUUUAUAUUGCAAGUGGACCAUCUGCAUCCGUUUCAGAUGGUGGUGAAUCUUCAUCUUGUGAACUCCAAGAGAGGAUCGGUGACUCUAUCCGUGAUGAAAUUCCUAGGCCUUCUCAAAAUCCUGGGAGGCAGAAGCAUAAGAGUCAUGAUCCUGCUCGAGAUCUUACGAUCCAUGUAUUGGAAAAAUUCUCUCUUGUGACCAAAUUUGCUCGGGACACAAGUUCACAACUAUUUCGAGAAAGUAAUAGCAAUGGCUAUGGUGCUGUAGAAAGGAAAAGUUCUAGCUACUCUCUCACUGAUGUCCCCCAUAAGCCAUCCAUGGAUGCAGAGAUAGCUCUCGAGGAAGGUCCUGUUCCCUCAGAUCCUCUGGAGUUCGAUAAAAUGACACUUGUAUGGGGAAAACCACGACAGCCACCCUUGGGGUCAGAAGAGUGGGCUACUUUCUUGGAUUCUGAAGGGCGAGUCAUGGAUUCAAAAGCCUUAAAAAAGAGAAUAUUCUAUGGUGGAGUUGAGCACACAACACGCAGAGAGGUCUGGCCAUUUUUGCUGGGAUAUCAUGCUUAUGAUUCAACGUAUGCGGAGAGGGAAUACCUCAAGUCUUCCAAAAAGUCAGAGUAUGAGACAGUAAGACAACAAUGGCAGAGUAUCUCUACUGAACAAGCAAAGAGAUUUACAAAAUUUAGGGAAAGGAAGGGCCUUAUAGACAAAGAUGUGGUGAGGACUGAUAGAGCGCUGUCUUUCUAUGAUGGGGAUGAUAAUCCAAAUGUGAAUAUCUUACGUGAUAUUCUGUUGACGUACUCCUUCUAUAACUUUGAUCUUGGUUACUGUCAGGGUAUGAGUGAUUUACUAUCUCCAAUUUUGUUUGUGAUGGAGGAUGAAUCAGAAUCGUUUUGGUGUUUUGUGGCACUGAUGGAACGUCUUGGACCCAAUUUUAAUCGCGAUCAAAAUGGCAUGCACUCUCAGCUUUUUGCAUUAUCCAAGCUGGUGGAGUUGCUUGAUUGCCCAUUACAUAACUAUUUCAAGCAGAAUGACUGCUUGAAUUACUUCUUUUGUUUCCGCUGGGUUCUAAUACAAUUUAAAAGGGAAUUUGAAUACAAGAAAACAAUGCGAUUGUGGGAGGUGUUGUGGACCCACUACUUGUCUGAGCAUCUGCACCUGUAUGUAUGUGUUGCAAUCUUGAAGCGAUACCGCAAGAAGAUAAUGGGGGAGCGCAUGGACUUUGACACGCUCUUGAAAUUUAUCAAUGAGCUGAGUGGCCAUAUUGACCUUGACGCAAUUCUUAGAGAUGCAGAGGCUCUGUGCAUAUGUGCUGGUGAGAAUGGUGCUGCUCACAUCCCACCAGGAACUCCACCUUCAUUGCCUACUGAGAAUGAGAAUGCUUUAUUAUAUGCUCAAGAUGAUGAAGUACUGUAAUACAGUUCUUCUCAUUGGUAAGAUAUAACCGGCUUUAUUUUUUGUUUUCUUCAUCAAAUAGCUGUGUAUAAUUGCUGUUUUUUCGAAAUAAAAUGUUAAUAAUCAAGCAAUCAACUCCAUUUUGCUGUCCUCCUUUAAAUGACAUUAUCAUGUGUAUUGUUGCGUGAGAGUAUAUAACUUGGCUGGACUGACAGUCGCCUCUUGUUACUUUAUUAUUUAUCAAUCACAUUUCCCUCAGAGAGGGAGAUGUUUGUGGGUUUCCA